CUGAACAUAGUAUAAAGUGAUCAUUAUACAUAUAUAAAUUAUGUAUUUAAAUAUGAAUAAAAAAUUUAAAUAUGAAAUAUUUUUAAAAAUAAUGUUAAUAAUUGGAGGAUUUUCAAUUAAACUAGUUAGUUCUAAUUUUACUUGUUACGAAUGCGAUAAAGACAUAGAUUGUACAACUUUGGAAAAUCCAAUUAAAAAUGUUGUUUGUGAUGCAAAGAAAUGUUUUACAAUUUCAUUAGGUAUCAAUAAACAUAAACGUGGUUGUAUAUCAACUUUAACAGAAUUUGAGACAACAGUUUGCACAAAUGAUACACCACACUGUCAUAUUUGUGAUAAAUCAAAUUGUAAUAAUAAAAUAUUACCAGAAAAUCGUCCAUUAUGUUAUCAAUGUAAUGAUGAAUUAUGUAUGGAUGUUACGAAAUUAAUACCAAAAUAUUGUCUUAAUUAUACCGAAAAUAAAUGUUUCACAUAUUUUGAUGGAAUAAAUAUGAUAAGAGAUUGUGUUGAUGAAAAAAAAAACGUUUAUGACUUAUGCAAACAAUAUGAUAUUUAUUGUAAUAUUUGUAAUGGAAAUAAUAUUGAAGCGUGUAACAAUCAUACAAUGGAAUUAAAAUGUUUAAAUUGUGAUUCGGAUAAAGGAAAUUGCAAAUAUCCUGAUGAAUAUCCAAAUAAUGUAGAUCCAAAUAAUUGUUUGAUAACAGAGGUUGAAUCAAAAUCAUGUAUGCCAAAAAUAGUUAAUAAUUCAUUAAAAUUAUGUUAUACAUAUAUAGAUAGAAAUAAUUAUGUGAAAAGGGGUUGUUAUUCAGAUCUUGAUAUUAAGAAUAUAAAUGGUCAAUUGACAACAUGUCAAAAAAAUAAAUGUAAUAAUAAUUGUAUUAAAGAUAUUUCAUGUAUUCAAUGUGAUUCUGAAGUUAAUAAUGAUUGUGGUAGAAUAACAUCAGAUAUUGAUCCAGAAUGGAAAAAAAAUUGUCCUGAUUCAUAUAAUAGUGUAUGUCAUAGAUGUGAAGAUACAAAUGGCAGAACUAUUCGAGGUUGCGGUAAAUCACUAAUGUCAAAUUGUAAUUAUUGUUUUGAUAAUUAUUGUAUGGCUAAACCAACAUACCGGAAAUGCUAUAAAUGUGAUGAAAAAGAUUUAAAUUGUGUAAAUGGUGGAUCAUAUAAUGAUUUGGAAAUUGGUGAAUGUUAUAAUACAAAAUCAUGUUUUGUUGGUAUUACAAAAGAUGGUUUUACGAGAAGAAAUUGUUUACCAAAAGAUGAAGAUUGGAAAAAAGAAUAUUUAGAAUAUAAAAUAUGUAAUGAUUCAAAUUUAUGUAAUAUACAUGUAAUACCAACUGAUCGUACUUUAUGUUUUCAAUGUAAUUCUAAAAAUGAUCCAUGGUGUAAAGAACCGAAAAUAAAUGAAGAUAUGGCUAAACCAUGUAAUAUAUAUAAAACAAAUGAACAAUGUUAUUUAUAUGCUGAUAAAGAUGAAAAUAUGAUACGAGGUUGUCAAUCCGAUGAUUCAAAUACAAAUGAAAAUCGUAAAGGUUGUAAUAAUCCAAAUAAUAAUUGUAUUAAAUGUAAAGGAAGUCGUUGUAAUUUAACACCAUUUAAAAGAACAUCUUUAAAAUGUAUGAAAUGUGAUGAAACUGAUAUAAAAUGUUCGACUGGCUUUGAUAAAAAUGAAGCUUUAGAAUGUGAAUUAACACCAUAUUAUAGUAAUCAAACAUGUUUUAUACAUAUUGAUGGUAAUAGAGUUAAUAGAGGUUGUACAUUAGAUUCAAAUAAUAAGAAAUUUAAUUGUGAAGAUAAAAAUAAUAAAAAAUGUCAAGUUUGUAUUGGUGAUGGUUGUAAUUAUGAUAAAAUUAAUCGUCAAAAAUGUAUUCGAUGUCGUAGUGAUGCUACCCCAAUUUGUGCUAAAGAAGAUAUUUCAGAAUUAGAACCCGAAUUAUGUAAAGAUGAAAUACGUGGUGAUAAUGUAGGUUGUUAUACAGAAAAAUUUAAUGGUAUUGUGUUUAGAGCAUGUGUUUCAGAAUUAACAGAAAAUGAAAUUAAUGAAUGUAAAAAGAGUAAAAGUUGUAAUAUUUGUCAAGGUAGCGGUUGUAACAAUAAAAAAGCACCGAAUUCAGCUUCUAAUUUAUAUUUUUCAUCAUUUUUACUGUUUAUUACAAUAGGCUUUAUUAGUAGAAUCAUAUAAAAUACAAAGUGUUUAAUUUUAUAAUUACAUAUAUUUUUUAAUAAAAAAGUGAAUUUUAUUUCUUAUU